AUGCGACAGUCCGACAAGGCCAACAGCCUGGCGGUGCAGGUGGAACGCGAGAAGGAGGAGCUGAACCAGCAGUUGAUUUCGGCCAAGCUCCAGGUGGCGCAGCUGUACAUGGAGGUGGACGGCCUCAAGCUGCAGCACCGGCAGGCCACCGCGGUGGCGGCCAGAGAGGCGCACGCGCUCGGGAUGGACAGCGCCAGCGGGUCCCCCGCGACGCCGAAGUCGGCCCCGCCGUCCCCGGCCUCUCUCCACUCCAACUCUUCCCCCCGCUCCGCCCCGUCUCCCGCCUCCGCCUCCGGCGCGUCUCCCCAUUCCCCCAACUCGCCCCACACGAUGGAGUUGUGAUUCAUUUAUUUUUGCCGGGGAGGGGGCGGGCACUCGUCCUUGUUUUCUCUCACCGCAUAAUUAUCUGUGCUUGAAAAUACGUGGGGGCGGGGGGUUUACCCGGCAGAGUCAAAGAACCGUGUUCGCCGUGGUUUCGCGCUCUCCUGUGGGAAAUUGUUGCAUCCUAGAACUGGCUAGAAACGGGCGAAUGAGUGGUAGGCUGGGGGGGGGGGGGCACCCACGGACGGUAUCACAUUGCGACCCCAGGAGAUCGUAGGUUUUACUUUUUGUGCCGACCGGGAGCACCUUUGCUUGCUGCAAAAGUGCGCCCGAUGCAGCGGGGUGGUGGUGCGAUCGGUCCUCUCUGCCGCUCGACUUUGUUCCUCUGGGUUUAUUCCUCCGCGCGUCGGAGGGCAAAUUUAUGACGCGGUGGUUAUUGCUUCCAUCGGUUUGGGAAACGGCAGUUCGUGAUUGAGGCCAAUGUUGUGAUGCAGAACGGCGGGUGGGAAUGAUUGGAAUUCAGGUUGGGAGUUUCGGUGAAAAUGGCCAAUGAAACCCGAUUUAUGGCACACGGCUGAAGCGUCGAUGUUACUACGUAUGGGGGGCAGGAGGGCGUUAGGUAUAGCCUACAGCAUGUAUCUUCAUCAUCCUUCGAGCUAGCUGCGAUGGGUUGAGACCAUUUUGCAGUCGUGUCGAUGUCGCUGUGAAAUAUUUUGAGCCUCCACAGGCAAACACCAAUAUGCCAAGAAGUUCUGUCAGGUUGGACGUUUGUUUUUCCCACGCCUUCCCGACAAGGAGAGGCCCUGACUUUUUGUUGCUGAUAUUCCUGUGUCUCUUUUUUUCUUUUUCAACCCCUACGUAUGCAAGAUGGGCACGCGUCUCCGCUUCGAGGCUGGUCGAUGUCUGUAGCUUUGUCAUCGCUGCGUGGAUCAGGAUUGAGCCUCGGUUAGUUUCUUACUUCUUAUUCUUAGAGUACUUGGGAGCAUUUUCUUUGUCUUCUACUAUGCGCCAGCACUCC